GCGCGGUCACGUGACCGCCCAUCGCUGAGUUUUAGCCGUUAUGGCGGAGGGGCCGGCCGUGCGAAUGGACCGUAUCUCAGUCAGAGGCUUGUUUUGUGUGUUGGGGAAGGGUGUGUUUUAAAGCGCCGCUGAGAGUCUGGUUUGUUUGAAGCUCGUGUGUGUUUGUACUGAAGCCAUGGCAGAGGUCGGCGUGGAUUUAUCGGCCCUGCCAAAAGAGGUCCGAGAGCAGCUGGCGGAGUUGGACCUGGAACUGUCCGAAGGUGACAUCACACAGAAAGGCUACGAGAAGAAGAGAGCCAAGCUGCUGGCCUCAUAUGUCCCCCACUUGCCAAAUGUACAGCUGUCCCCAGGCCACAGUGCAGAUGCCAGUCCAAGUCCGGAAGCCCCAGGCCCGUCUUCCUCUUCGCCGUCCAAACACCACCGCACACAUCGCAGUGGUGGGGCCAGGGAUGAUCGCUACAGAUCAGACAUUCACACAGAGGCUGUGCAGGCAGCCCUGGCCAAACAUAAAGAGGAAAAGAUGGCACUGCCCAUGCCUACCAAGAGACGGUCGGCCUUUGUUCAGUCUCCAUUAGAUGCCUGCACACCUCCAGACACAUCUUCUGCAUCAGAGGAUGAGGGCUCCCUGCGCAGAAGGGCAGCUGUCAGUGCUGCACUAGCACAGACCCUGCAAAAUCCUGAUUACUGGAUCAACCGUUCCGUCCAAAGCUCCUCCACAUCCUCUUCCGCAUCCUCCACCCUCUCCCAUGGAGAGCCCAAGACCCAGCCCCAGCUCCUGCCUCAGGCUGCUUCUUUGUUAGCUGAUGUCCUAGCUCAUACUCGCAUCGAAAACAGUGUUCCUCCAGAUGUGACAGCGUCCACUCCACAGGAGAGAGGGUCCAGGGUUGAUCUUCCGCCUGCUGUCAGGGGCAUGAGCCGUGGACAGAGUCGUUCCAGCAUCAUCGAAACUGCUGAUGGAAAGAAAAAAGGUGUCCCAGUUAGCAGCAGGGUGUCCACUAAGAUCCAGCAGCUGUUGAAUACACUUAAACGACCCAAAAGACCUCCACUCAGCGAGUUCUUUGUGGAUGAUUCUGAGGAAAUUGUAGAAGUGCCCCAGCCAGAUCCCAACACCCCAAAGCCUGAGGGAAGACAGAUCAUCCCAGUGAAGGGGGAGCCCCUAGGUGUGGUCAGUAACUGGCCCCCUGCUCUUCAGGCUGCUCUGGCCCGCUGGGGGGCCACCCAGGCCAAGAGCCCUGCCCUCACAGCUUUGGAUAUCACUGGAAAACCCCUUUACACACUCACAUAUGGGAAACUAUGGAGUCGCAGUUUGAAGCUGGCUUAUACACUGCUGAACAAACUGGGCACCAAAACGGAGCCCAUCCUACAACCUGGUGAUCGUGUGGCGCUAGUGUACCCAAACACUGACCCUGGAAUGUUCUGGGUGGCUUUCUAUGGUUGCCUGUUGGCUGAGGUCAUUCCUGUUCCCAUUGAGGUGCCGCUGUCACGGCAGGAUGCUGGCAGUCAGCAGAUUGGCUUCCUGUUGGGCAGCUGUGGCGUCAGUCUGGCAUUGACUAGUGAGGUGUGUCUUAAAGGGCUGCCCAAGACACAAAAUGGAGAGAUCAUCCAGUUCAAAGGGUGGCCAAGGAUGAAAUGGGUCGUCACAGACACAAAGUAUCUGACUAAACCAUCCAAAGACUGGCAGCCUCACAUCCCCACCGCCAACACAGAUACUGCUUACAUAGAGUACAAAGCAAGUAAAGAGGGCACGGUGAUGGGAGUUGCUGUGUCCAAGAUCUCUAUGCUGACCCACUGUCAAGCUCUCACACAAGCCUGUAACUACUGUGAAGGAGAGACACUGGUCAAUGUGUUGGACUGCAAGAAGGAUAUGGGCUUAUGGCAUGGUGUUUUAACGAGUGUCAUGAACAGAAUCCAUACAAUCACUGUUCCCUACGCUGUCAUGAAAGCAUGUCCGAUGUCCUGGGUGCAAAGGGUCCACAUUCAUAAAGCACGUGUUGCCUUGGUGAAGUGCCGUGACCUCCACUGGGCCAUGAUGGCCCACAAGGACCAAAAGGACACCAACCUGUCCUCCAUACGUAUGCUAAUAGUGGCUGAUGGGGCCAACCCAUGGUCUGUUUCAUCAUACGCCUUCCUGAAUGUGUUCCAGUCUCAUGGUCUGAAGCCCGAAGUCAUCUCAUGUGCCACAUCUCCUGAGGCCCUAACUGUAGCCAUACGCAGGCCUGGUGUACGUGGAGCUCCUUUGCCAGCCAGGGCCAUCCUGUCUAUGGCUGGCCUGAGCCACGGGGUGAUCAGGGUCAACACAGAGGACAAGAAUUCUGCUCUCACUGUACAGGAUGUAGGCCACAUCAUGCCUGGAGCGUUGAUGUGCAUUGUGAAACCAGACGGGCCUCCUCAGCUGUGUAAGACAGAUGAAAUAGGAGAGAUUGUGAUAAACUCUCGAGCUGGAGGCACAAUGUACUACGGUCUUCCUGGAGUCACCAAGACCACAUUUGAGGUGAUCCCUGUCAAUCAAGCUGGAGCACCAAUCGGAGAAAUUCCCUUCACUCGCACUGGUCUGCUUGGAUUUGUAGGACCAGGCAGUUUGGUGUUUGUUGUUGGAAAAAUUGAGGGGUUGUUGAUGGUGAGCGGGCGACGUCACAAUGCUGAUGACCUGGUAGCCACUGCACUGGCAGUGGAGCCUGUCAAAACCGUGUACAGGGGGAGGAUUGCUGUGUUCUCAGUGACAGUCUUUUACGAUGAGAGGAUAGUGAUUGUGGCGGAACAGAGGCCUGAUGCCAGUGAGGAGGACAGCUUCCAGUGGAUGAGCAGAGUACUACAGGCUAUUGACAGUAUCCACCAAGUUGGGCUGUAUUGCCUCGCACUUGUGCCAGCCAACACACUUCCAAAAACGCCGCUUGGAGGCAUCCACAUCUGUGAAACCAAGCAGAACUUUCUGGAGGGAAACUUGCACCCCUGCAAUAUUCUCAUGUGCCCACACACCUGUGUUACUAAUCUACCCAAACCGCGUCAGAAACAGCCAGUGGAUGUUGGUCCAGCUUCUAUGCUGGUAGGCAAUUUGGUGGCAGGCAAACGGAUUGCGCAAGCUACAGGCAGAGACCUAGGUGUGGUAGAGGACCAAGAUCUGAUCCGAAAGCAGCAGUUCUUGUCUGAAGCACUGCAGUGGAGAGCCCAAACGGACCCUGACCAUGUCCUAUACGUGCUGCUUAAUGCAAAGGGGGUAGCAGUGUACACAGCCACAUGUGCCCAGCUACACAAGAGAGCAGAGAAAAUCACAGCUACCUUAAUGGAGAGAGGAGGCCUCAAUACAGGAGACAACGUGGUGCUGCUUUAUCCUCCAGGUAUUGACCUGAUCGCUGCCUUCUAUGGCUGUCUCUAUGCAGGGGUCGUCCCUGUGACAGUGAGACCUCCCCACCCACAAAACCUUGCUGCAACUCUCCCCACUGUUCGUAUGAUCAUUGAUGUGAGCAAAGCAGCCUGCAUCCUCACCACUCAACCACUCAUGAGGAUUCUCAGGUCACGGGAAGCUGCUGCCAGUGUCAACAUCAAGACGUGGCCCACCAUCAUCGAUACAGAUGAUUUGCCCAGGAAGCGGCCUCCAAAUAUUUAUAAACCGCCUACAGCUGAGAUGUUGGCCUACCUGGACUUCAGUGUGUCCACCACAGGCAUGUUGACCGGAGUCAAGAUGUCCCACGCUGCCGUCAGUACGCUGUGCCGUUCUAUUAAGCUGCAGUGUGAGCUGUACUCCUCUCGCCAAAUAGCCAUCUGCCUGGACCCAUAUUGUGGGCUGGGCUUUGUCCUGUGGUGUCUCUCCAGUGUUUACUCAGGUCACCAGUCCAUCCUCAUCCCUCCCUUGGAGCUGGAGUGCUCAUUGCCUCUGUGGCUGAGCACGCUCAGCCAGUACAAGAUCAGAGACACCUUCUGCUCAUACUCUGUCAUGGAGCUGUGCACAAAAGGCCUGGGCACCCAGACAGAGAUGUUGAAAGCACGAGGCCUCAAUCUGUCAUGUGUGCGGAGCUGUGUGGUAAUCGCAGAGGAGCGGCCUCGUCUUGCUCUGUCCCAGUCAUUUUCCAAGCUCUUCAAAGAUCUCGGCCUGUCGCCCCGUGCUGUCAGCACCGCCUUUGGCUCCAGGGUCAACCUGGCCAUCUGUCUGCAGGGCACAGCUGGACCAGAUCCUUCCACUGUCUUUGUUGACAUGAAGUCUCUACGACAUGACAGGGUGAGGCUGGUGGAACGAGGAGCACCACAGAGUCUGCCACUCAUGGAGUCAGGCACCAUCCUUCCAGGAGUGAGAACCAUCAUAGUUAAUCCAGAGACCAGAGGUCCACUUGGAGAUUCACAUCUUGGGGAGAUCUGGGUGAACAGUCCUCACAGUGCCAGCGGCUACUACACCAUCUAUGGGGAGGAGAGCCUUCAGGCGGACCACUUCAACACCAGACUCAGCUUUGGGGAUCCUCAAACUCUGUGGGCCAAGACUGGAUACCUGGGCUUCAUCAAACGGACUGAGCUGCUGGAUGCAAGCGGAGACCGUCACGAUGCCUUGUUCGUGGUGGGCUCCCUUGAUGAAACGCUGGAGCUGAGGGGAUUACGUUAUCACCCCAUCGACAUUGAAACAUCUGUGUCACGAACUCACCGCAGCAUCGCAGAAAGCGCUGUGUUCACAUGGACCAACCUUUUGGUGGUGGUGGCUGAGCUCAGUGGCUCAGAGCAGGAGGCUUUGGACCUGGUGCCGCUGGUCACCAACGUGGUGCUGGAGGAGCACCACCUCAUUGUCGGCGUGGUGGUGAUCGUGGACCCCGGGGUGAUUCCCAUCAACUCCAGAGGAGAAAAGCAGAGGAUGCACCUGCGCGACUCCUUCUUGGCAGACCAGCUGGAUCCAAUCUACGUGGCCUACAACAUGUGAACGCUCCUCACCAACUGGUCAAAAUGCAGAAACCUGAGCCAGGCUCUGAGGACAGACUGGCGGGAGCAGUAGCAGCCCCGCAUGUCCAAGCUCACAUAGACAUUUUGAUAUUGCGGGUGCAGCACAAGUAAGAAAGUGCUUCCCUCUCUGAAACUGUGCAUUUUGUUUUUCUUGCUUCCACGUUUGAUCGCUGCAGUUCCAGGUUUUCUGGCGACGUUUUCUCCUCAUGUCAGUACAAACACAUUUUACAAAUGGAGGAAAUUGGUUUUCAACCUCUGUGUGUUUCACCUCUCCCCUUAUUGCUGCAUUUCACAUUUUUUAAUUUGUAGUUUUAUCACAGAUGAAAAAGGAAAUCAUGUUUCAUGUGUUGGUUUGUAGCAUGACCUGAAUCAUGCUGUGUGCUCUUAAAAAAUAAUAAUAUAAUUUUAAAAUCCCUGUAAUUUCUAAAGGUAGGAUGUCAAACUAAAACUAAGAGGAGCUGGAACUCUAACCCCCCCCCCCCCCCCCCCCCCCCCCCCCGCACUUUAAGUCCUCACACCUCUCCCUUCCAGUCCCAUUCUGCCUCAAGGGGGUGCCCCCCCCCCACUGCCACCAGUCCCAUUUUUAUUCCAGAAAAAUUCCUAUCAGUAUUUCAGUAGUACAAAGAAAUGCUGCCCCCCACAGGCUGUCUGCACACAUUACUGCCCUUCACCACCCAUUAUUGUAGUUGAUUGUGGACACGCUGGAAAAUCAUAUAUACAUAUAUAUAUAAAAGCCCCUUUAAUUUUUUAUGUGUGAAAAACAAGGUAUAGAACAGUAUGUAGAGUAAAGAGGGGUGAUAACACUGAUUCUUAAAUUUUCUUGUGCGUGUCUUUUGAGUAGUUCAGGUUAUUAUGGUUGUGCUCCUGAUAAAUUCUCAAAAUUUUAAAGGCCAAUUUCCAGACAGAUGAAAGCUGUUCUCGCUGCUACUGAAGAGUAUUUUCUUAAACAGGUAGAAGCUGAGGCAGAGGGGUCACAUGACGCUUACUGGACCUGUUACAGCGUUUCGCAGGCUAACUCACUGUUCACCAGUUUUAAAUGAGUCGCUACAUUACAGAGCACAAAGUAGUUGUUCAGACAAGUUACCGUUUUUUUUUUUUUUUUUUAAGGAUCCAUCACCUCUGAGUCUAUGGGCUGUUUGUGGCUCUAAACUUUAUCAUCUGUGUUUAGGUCCCCUGCUGACCUGCAUUAGCUUAAGACGGCUAUGACCUUGUUACUGUUUGCCUCACAGUCCAUUUGGUAAACGUGGGCUGUCUGAAGGUGGGUUAGUGCCUUUACAUCACACUGGGACAUUUCAGGUCAGGACUGGAUGCGUGCACUGGUGCCACACAUCGCUGCAUCCACCACACUAUGGAACUAGCCUGGGUCCUAAGUGGCAACCACCCAGGCAGACCGCUGGCCUUUCCCCACCUCCUGAAAGUAGCCUUCUACCUGCCACAUGCAGAUGACGUGGGGGCGUGGCCUCAGCUUUUUCCCCCUUGCUGAGGCACCUUUUCAUCACAUUUCUGAUCAUGGACUUCAAGUUCUAGGGUGUAGCAUGGAGGACAGAAUUUUGCCUUACAAAAAAAGUGGAACUUUAGUAGUUUUAUUUCUGUCUGUACUGUAACUACGGCCACAGAAAUAUUUCACCAUCAUUCACAUCUGCAAUCAAAUGGCAGUUUGUAAAAUACAUUUGUAUUGCAACUUAUUUUUUAAGCAAGGAGGAUGUUUUAUUUCUUAUUAGUUUCUUUUGUACUUUUUUUUUUUUUUUUGGUUACACCUUUGUCAUUUCAUGUUUUAAUUUUUUUUAACCAACUGUUUCUGAAUGUCUGCAACACUGAAAAAAUAGACAAAUAAAGUAUGUCUCACACAACUGAUGUUUAAAACAAACAAAAAAAGGCACAAUCCCCUUUAAUAGAAAAGGGACGUAGUAAAGGAG